ACACGCCCUGUGCCUUUGAGCCAGCAGCGGGGAGGAGAGAGGAGGAGGAGGACCAUGGAGGGGAUGCAGGCGUACGGAGCCGGGAAAGCCGGAGGAGCCUUCGACCCCGUCACCUUCCUCCAGCAGCCUCAGACCAUUCUCCGCAUAGUGUCUUGGCUCUUCUCCAUUGUGAUCUUUGGCUGCAUCGCCAAUGAGGGCUACAUCAACAGGCCCAAUGAAGUAGAGGAGUACUGCAUCUUCAACCGCAACCAGAACGCCUGCCAUUAUGGGGUCUUUAUGGGCUCUGUGGCAUUUCUUUGCUGUGUGGCCUUCCUGGCUCUGGACAUCUAUUUCCCUCAGAUUAGCAGCGUCAAAGACCGCAAGAAGGCUGUGCUGGCUGAUAUCGGGGUGUCAGCUUUCUGGUCCUUCAUGUGGUUUGUGGGUUUCUGUUUCUUGGCCAACCAGUGGCAGGUAUCUAAGCCUGAGGACAACCCACUGAAGGAGGGAGGGGACGCUGCUCGGGCAGCCAUCACCUUUUCCUUCUUCUCCAUCUUCACCUGGGCGGGCCAGUCCUUCCUGGCCUUCCAGAGAUACAAGCUAGGGGCCGACUCGGCCCUCUUCUCCCAGGACUACACGGACCCCAGCCAGGAUGCAGCCGGAGCCCCCUACACCUCCUUCGGCGGUGACGGCCUGGAGAGCCCGGGAGGAGGAGGAGGAGGCCAGUCUAACAGUGACGGGGCUUUUGAUGGAGCCGGAGGCUACCAGCGUCAAGAAUACUGAGAUGUUAGGGGCAGAUAUAUGUACGCUGAGAAGUAUGUAGAUGAAGUUGCCCAAAGUUUCUAAUUCAAAAUAAUAUUUGUAUUCUUUUGUCACACAAGAAACACUGAAUGCACCCCUGAGAACACCUUUGGCUGCACUCUAAUACAACAACCUCAAGUUUUGGCCUGUUAAAGUGGGUUGAAGCGGGAUUUGGCCGGUGGAGGGAACCCAAAGCUCGGGUGUAGCGGUGCAGAAAUAAGUCACAUAACAGCCUAAUUUGUUUUCUGAGCUCCAGUAGAUUUUAUUUUGUGUACAGGUUGUGACGCUGAUAUUCACUGUUCUUUGUGGAUUUAGCCAACACAAUUCAACAAGAUAUAAGCAGAUGCAUGAGCUAUAAGGCUGAGUUCCAACCCAUAGACAGUAUAAAGUUGGUGUGAAAGGUACGAUUCAGUGAGUGAAUGUAAUCAGCUAGCCUUGACGUAACCUAACAUGAACGCCGCAGCCUGCUCUGUGCCAGUCCACCAUAGUGCAUCACUGUAAACUUUAUCACAGUACUGCAAACUAACUGCACAAAACUGCUUAAUACAGUAUUUUUACGCAACCUUUGAAUAGCAAAUUAAGUAUAGUUCAGUUAUUUUUGCAGUACGUUUCACAACACAUCAUGUGUGGCUCAAAUAUCUGAUUUAAAAACUCUAAAAUGAUUUGGGACGUUACAUGAAAGAUUUAAAUUUCCUGUUUAAAAAAAAAAAAAAUUCCAGUCCUUAGUUUUUAAAGUAAUCUCUCAUCUUCCUCUCCUGACAUCGUCAUCUCUGAGAUUAACUUUUUUUCUCUCUCUCUCUCCCUGGGAAAUACAGCAAGUUACUCCAUUUAUGCUCACUCCUCCUGUUUAGCACGAGCUCGACACUGAAGUACCGCAACUUUACAUCUGCACCAUGAAUGCAGGAAAAGGGGGCGUGUUGAACGUGUGAGAGGUCCGUGGGAUGAGCUCCAUGCCAUCAGUGGAAGCGAUGGCAGGCAAAAAUGAACUCAUUCCACAGUAAUUCGCAUUAACCUCAGAUUUCAUUAUUAAGGUGCAAGAAUUGUUUCCGGCCCACUUUAACCCCUGGUUAAAUAUUGUGCCUGUGACAAUAAAAACUGCAAAGUACACACGUUACUAAAGGUCGGUUUAAAAAGAAAAAAAAAGUACUUUUAAAAUGAUGAGGGAGAGAUUGUGAUAUUUCACUUUGAUUAAAUACAGUCAUUUAAGAAUAACACCAACAGUCGACGGUGAAUUUUUACCCCACGUGACAAACACUGUGUGGUGAUCACAGUGAGGGAGUUACUGUCAAUUUCCAGCUUUUUUUUGAUCAGAUAAAAAAUACCAAAAAAAAAAAAAAAGGUUUCAUUUCUGUGUCAGAAAUCUUGGGCAUCUUCCAGAAUUUGGAUGCAUCGGUAACCGCUGGGAAUGGUGCGCGAACUCAGGAAGGUGGAACUGGGGAGAAAAAGAUCCGUGGAUUCAGUAGGAUUCUUGGGAAGGGGCUACGGGAUGCAAACAGACACCACUGUUAACCCCUUCAGUCACGAUACAGGAAUUUUGGUGGAAAAUUCUUCUCAGAAAAUGUACGCAAUUGUGUAGGCGGUGACUGAAGGGGUUAAUUGG